UUACUCAGACCUACAGUUGUGUUUGUGACUGAUAUAGCGCGAACCCAGAAAACAUGCAAAAUUCUCUUUCAAUUUCUUCACAAAUGGAGCUUCGUUCACUUCAACAUUCAUCUUCUCCUCUAACAAAUCUACCUACUUCUCUCUUAUUUCGCAGCAAUUUGGUUAAAAGGUGUUAUCUUUAUGAUCAAUUCAUCAAAUUCUCUAGUUCUGUGAAAUACCCAGGUGCUAGAUUCCAGAAAUUACACAUUAAAGCUCAAUUGUCAACUGGUGCUACGAGAUUCAGCUCUUCGACAGUUGAGGCAACUACGGAGAGUCUUGAUUCCAAAGAUGAAGAUGUUGUAUUUGUUGCUGGUGCAACUGGUAAAGUUGGCUCUCGAACUGUAAGGGAACUCUUGAAACUAGGAUACCGAGUAAAAGCCGGAGUCAGGAGUGCACAGCGAGCAGAAAGUCUGGUACAAAGUGUUAAGCAGUUGAAGGUGGACACAGAUGCUACAAGUAGACGUAAACCUAUAGAGAUGCUUGAAAUCGUGGAAUGUGAUCUAGAAAAGCCUGGUCAGAUUGCUCCCGCACUAGGUAGAGCUUCAGUGGUCAUCUGUUGCAUCGGUGCCAGUGAGAAGGAAAUUUUUGACGUGACUGGACCCUAUCGUAUUGAUUUUAUGGCUACCAAAAACCUCAUCGAUGCAGCAACUGUUGCAAAAGUUGACCAUUUUAUUCUGCUUACUUCAUUGGGUACGAACAAGGUUGGAUUCCCUGCAGCCAUAUUAAAUUUGUUUUGGGGAGUGCUUUGCUGGAAGAGGAAAGCAGAAGAAGCGCUAAUAGCUAGUGGUCUACCCUACACAAUAGUGAGGCCGGGAGGUAUGGAAAGGCCUACUGAUAGUUACAAGGAAACUCAUAACCUGACCCUUGCACAGGAGGACACUUUGUUUGGGGGCCAAGUCUCAAAUCUGCAGGUGGCAGAACUCUUGGCAUCCAUGGCACAAAACCGGAGCCUUUCUUACUGCAAAAUAGUGGAAGUAGUUGCUGAAACAACUGCACCAUUAACUCCUAUGGCUGAGCUCCUUGUGAAGAUCCCAUCUAAAAGGGAAGUCUUGCAGAAACCAGAGAUACCAGAAGCUCCUAAGACAUCUGGAGCCUCACCAGAAACGAGCACGGUAACUGAGGCAACAAGCAUUCUUAAAGAGGAGGAACUCCCAAAAGAAAAAUUAGAGGAACAGGAUCCUACAACUAAGCCGCUUGAAGCUGAAUCUUCCAAAAGUUUCACCACCGAGAUACCAACUGAUGUAAUUGCGAAGGAAUCAGUUGUAGAUGGAAGCAUGCAGUCCAGGCCUUUGUCUCCAUUUACUAUGUAUGAUGACUUAAAGCCACCUUCUUCUCCAUGCCCAACAACUCCUAGUUUCCCUAGUGAUCAAGGAAAGCAAACUGGACCUGUUUCUACAGAUACAUCAACCAGUAUUCCAGAAACAGAGGCUGAUACUGCUGACACAGCUACCGUGGAAUUGCAGAAAACGCAGCCUCUUUCUCCUUAUACAGCUUAUGAGGAUCUGAAACCUCCCAGCUCUCCAAGCCCGUCUCCUCCUGGUAAUUCUCGUGUAUCUUUGGAGACCUCAAAAACUGUGGAUGGUGUACCACAGAAUAUCGAAGGGAAUGGAGCCUUGGCAGAAGAUGUUCAGCAGGAAUUGAUUUUUUACCACUCACCAUACGCUGCUUAUGAAGAUUUGAAGCCCCCUACUUCACCAACACCUGCAGCUCCUAGUUCAUUGACCAAUUCCAUGACCUCGGCUGGUGCUGAAUCUCAGACGGCUAGUUUGUCCAAUAAUGGUGCAGUUGAACCUGUACAAGAAAACGACGCAGAGGACGAGCAGACUUCAUUACAGCCAAAGCCGAGACCACUUUCGCCGUAUACUAUGUAUGAGGAUUUGAAGCCCCCUACUUCACCAACACCAACAGCUCCUAUAUUGGCCACUUCCAUAACCUCGGCUGUUGCUGAAUCUCAGACGGCUAGUUUGUCAAAUAAUGGUGCAGUUGAACCUGUCGAAGAACACGAUGCAGAGGAUAAGCAGACUUCCAUACAGCCAAAGCCAAGACCACUUUCGCCGUAUGCUAUGUAUGAAGAUUUGAAGCCCCCUACUUCACCAACACCAACAGCUCCUAUAUUGGCCUCUUCCAUAACCUCGGCUGUUGCUGAAUCUCAGACAGCUAGUUUAUCAAAUAUUGGUGUAGUUGAACCUGUCGAAGAACACGAUGCAGAGGAUAAGCAGACUUCCAUACAACCAAAGCCAAGACCACUUUCGCCGUAUACUAUGUAUGACGACAUGAAGCCACCAAGUAGCCCGAUGCCAUCACCAGGGAAUCACUAACUGCUCUUAUGUUAGUCCUGCCGAUCCAGGCUGCAAUUCUCAGUUGCAACUGAAAACUCGAAGUUUCCUGCACAUAUUUUUUUUGCAAUUGUUAAAAUCCAUACAAAAUUGUAUCCUUAUUGAUUGCAAAUUAAAGUUAAAGCGAAUCAAUGUGCAUAUUUUCCAUGAGAGCAUUUCAAACUUGUUUGGAUCUCUUUUCAUUUAGUUCAAAUUUUGUAUCACAUUCAAGCUUCAACUGGGCUUUACUACUGUCUGGA